AGUCCGUCAGUUGUUUUCAGUCAGUUGAAGUGCAAGGGUGUCUUUUUUUUACAAGUGCAACGAGUGUUCAUUGUCGAAUAUUACCUGUCGUCUCGUUAUUUCUUAACUUGUCGGAGUGAGGUUAGGGAUACAUUUCCUGAUUGUUCUGUGUAAAACAUAUCGACAGUAUCCCGUUUAGUGAUCCGUGACUCAGGAACUCGGCAUCGGGAUGCACCAAACAUGAGGAGGAGGGUAGAUGGCUGGUAACCAACGGAUAUGUGUUGCAGCAGCCGCCGCGGAACAUGAUGCUUAUAGAGGAACCUCACGUGCCGCUAGCUCAUCUCGAGGACACCCUGGAAGGUGAGGUUCUGUCUGCUCUGCGAGGGGACAAUAAGACAAUGGUGACCGGUACUAAUGAAUGCCAUAAUAGUGUGCAGCAACGUAAGGAGGAGGCGCGUCGCAAGCGCAGGAAGAAGAAAAGGACAGGCUCCAGCCUUGUGUCUUCCUGUUUUCAAGAACUGUAUAGGUUGACUGGGGAGGUGCUCGGAGAGGGGGCAUACGCAUCUGUCCAGACUUGUGUUAAUAUCUGGACAGACCUAGAGUACGCUGUGAAAAUCAUCGACAAAAUUCCGCGUCAUAGUCGCGGCCGAGUGUUCAAGGAGGUGGAGACUUUUCAUCACUGUCAAGGUCAUCCCAACAUUAUUCAGCUUAUAGAGUUCUUUGAGGAUGAAGAAAGGUUUUAUCUAGUGUUUGAAAAAGUGAAUGGUGGGCCUCUUCUGACCCGCAUCCAGGAACACAUCCACUUCACUGAGCGAGAAGCAAGUCAGAUCAUUAGAGAUCUGGCCAGUGCACUGCAGUUUCUGCAUGUCAAAGGUAUCGCUCACAGGGAUCUGAAGCCGGAGAAUAUCCUUUGUGUUUACCCUGAUAAGUUGAGUCCAGUGAAAAUCUGUGACUUUGACUUGAGCUCAGGGAUUAAGUUCAACUCAAACCUGGCUUCUCCCCUCUCGACACCACAGCUACUUACUCCAGUUGGUAGUGCAGAAUUUAUGGCUCCUGAAGUUGUAGAGGCAUUUAUUGGUGAAUCUACGUCAUAUGAUAAGAGGUGUGAUCUCUGGUCACUGGGAGUGAUUAUGUAUAUUUUGCUUUGUGGUUAUCCACCCUUCUAUGGCAGCUGUGGGUCUGACUGUGGGUGGGAAAGAGGAGAAAACUGCCAAGCAUGUCAGGAGCUGCUGUUCACAAGCAUCCAAGAAGGUUGUUAUGAUUUUCCUGAUCGUGAAUGGGCAGAUAUCUCGGAAGAAGCCAAGGACCUAAUCCGUUCAUUGCUUGUGAAGGAAGCGAGCCGCCGUCUGUCUGCAGAGUGUGUGCUGACUCACCCCUGGAUGUCUCCCAACUCAUCUGGUGCCACCCUGACAGCACGAUCCCUGGUUACUCCUCAUGUCAUCAGGAGGAAUAACAGUGCUCGUGAGUUAUCUGCAUUUGCAGAAAGUGCAAUGGCUGUGAAUCGUGUUGUGUUGCAACACUUCAGUAUGAACCUUGAGCUUGGUUGUACUGAGACUCCAUCUUUGUUUGAGCCUUCUGUAGUCCUGGAUCCAGGUUUAAAUAACAGAGCUACUGAAGGCACAGCCUUAUUUGGUCUUUCUCCUCCAAGUGAAUCAAGGUUGAUCCAACGCCGCAAAGCUCAAAGUCUCACCAAGAAAUGUAACAGCGACGAGUUAUUAAAAAUGGAGGAUAAUAAUAUAUUGGGCAACCACAUCACAGCCAAUUCCACCAAUAAAAUUGAUUCUACAUCUGUUACCACAACCCUAGAAGGUAAGAAGCUAGGGAAUCUUCUUGUCGUCGCUUCCUCACCCACAUCUACUCCAGCACCUGUAGUUGUGGUGGCAUCUCCUAGUGGCUGAAAUCAGAAAUGAAUUUGUGCCAGCGUGCGUACCUGAUUUAUUAAUUAUAAUUUCUUCACAAUUAUUUCAUGUUUUUUUUAUUGCAAAAACUAUUAAGUAAGUGUAAGCGCCAGACUGAGAUUUUAGAGGUGUCUGUCUAGGUAAGGUAGGCUUUUUAAAAGACUUCUAGACCUCUGGUGUGCUGUUUGAGAACAGGCAAGUCUGUUUGGUGGCUUAUUAUUUUUGUUGUACUGAGAGAACCUCCGUGAUUUGUUGAGUAAAUAAGAGCGGAGAGAAAGACUGAGUAGUACUGGAAACUACAAUUCAGUAUUUGAAUCCCUUUGAAGUGCAUGAUGGUGUACAUCAGUUUUUGUAAAAUACUAGCAGUUUCAGUGUGGCGUUAUAAUGCCAUGCUGUACAUCAUUCUUUAUUGGCUUCUUAUUUUGUCUGGGAAAGAAAUUGCUAGUGCUGUAAAGUGGGGUAUUGAGUGUUUGCUUCAGUGAUCAUUGCAUAUUGAAGCAGGUGCAACCUUUUCCUUUUGAUUGAUGUAAAAAAUGGCAUCGAUAUCAUUACAUUUAUUUUUCUCUUCAAGACAUUUAAGUCAUUUUCAUAAACUGAUGAAACUGUCGCAUUUGAAAGGGUAUAAUAGCUUCCCUCCUCAUGAAAGUUGAGUCAAUCUUUUGUAACAUCAAGUGGUAGUAUUUUCAAAACAAUUUAAUUGUGCUUGUCAUGGCAAUUGUGAGAGAUCUUGUGUUGCAUAAUUUGUUUCAUGGGCUACAACAUCCAGUCUCAGACUUGGAGAAGGAAAGUAAGCAGAAGGCGCUUAAAAUACCGUAUUUACCUACAUCAGUGGGAAAGUGUGUGACUUUGAUUAUGAGUAAGACAUACCAGGGGAAGAAUAUUGAACAAUAUUUGUCUAGCCAUUUUUUAACAUUGAAAGUCCCUACAAUUUGUUAUGUAGUCAUAAAAUCUUGUUUUAUUUUUAUUGUGUUAGGUUGUUUUGUUACAAUUUUGUCCUUCCUUUCAAAUAUGAUUUUUUUUGUUGGUCCUUCGUUAAAAUUGUAUGUUUUUUUAUACUGUGCAGAUUCCAAAUGCCAUUCAAAUACAUUUCAGUCCAAUUUUCUUCUUCAAGUGAGAAUGUGUAUUUAGAAUUGGGGGGAACCCAGCCUCAUUCAAAAUUAUGAAUGUUAUUAAAUUUGUUCUUGUUAUAGGUGUGUAAAUACGGUAUUUUGUAAUUUUUUAAAGUGAAUACUGUGGUUAAUAUUAUUAAAACACUGUAUAACUACUCAGGGCUAUAUAAUAUACAAUUCCCCUCCCCAUUAAUCUUUGAUUGUAAGGGUGAUUGACAGGGACUCUUGCUUUAUGAUUACCAGUUUGCCAUGAUGGUGUAUUACAUUGUGAGCUUUGAAUGGUGGAAACAUCAGCUAGUGAAAUUACAAUACAUGUUGGUUGUAUUGAAUAGACUGUUUCCAAUGUGUGCAUGAAGAGAAUUUCAUUUCAAAAACAUUGUAUGGCUUAAUAUGGCAAGUGUCAUAGUGAGUCCACAUCGUAACCCAUGCCAAGAUCUUUGUAUGAAAAACUACAUAGUAAACAUACAUACCUGAAUGGUAAUAGUUUCCUGAAGUAGGUGUGACAAAUUAAGUAGGCAUGUCAAUAGUUGUGUCGAGUAUGAUAUUGCCUGAUGACAUCAAAUGGGUCAUACAUUAUUCAUCUUUAUCACAUGAAAUGUUUUUGGGUGUUUAUUAUUCUGCUCUACUUUUUCUACAAGAUUAUAUCUUAAGUGUAUCAUUUGAUGUAAACUUUUAAGUUAGUUUAUGAAAAUCAGAAAACUACCUUAAAUUCUUUGUACAUUACAUUGUUUUCCAUGGUAUAUCUUGUGACAUUAUAGCUACUAUAAUCAUUAAUCAGUCAUACAAUAAAAUACAUCAGACAUAAUCAAGAACUGAAUUUAAAAAAAAAAGUAUGCAAAAUUAAAUACGAUUUACCAAAGGUUUAUAAUAAUUUGAAAAAUGUUAUAAUUAAACCAGAACACUUAUAUAAAGAGAUUUAUGGCUCGAAUUUUGCUGUUCUUUCUUUUGUAACGUGUGUGUGCGUAUGUAUGUUUUAUGUUCUUGUUUUAGUCUGUCUAGUCUAAAAAAAUCCUGAAACAGUAAAUUUGUUUUGAGGGAUCCAGUCUUAUCCAGCAUUCAGUCUCUUGAUGUAUUCUAAGUUAAACUGAAUUGUGAAAUGAGAGAGUGUGUUUCCUUAUUAAGACUUGUUACUUUUUAGUUUCCAAGGACAUUGACAUCAAGUGUGCCAGAAUAAGAAUUUGUGUGACGCUGUGCAUAGAAAAUGUGCAUAGUUACUUUUUUCCUUCAGAUACAAGUGUAAGUUUACGUGUGCAAGCGCGUGUGUGUGCAUAUAAAUAUAUAUAUGGUAUUAUGCUAAAAUGCAGUGAUUGUGAAAAAUCCAGAGUUUAUAAGCAUGUAUGAUUAAUUUUGCAUCAAAGAAAGCAUUAAAACUGAAAUGUGAAAGCAGAGUAAACAACUUCUUGUGGAAGGUGCAGCACAGUCUAUACUUACUUUGUGUACAAAUUUGGGAACGUUCAUGUUUUAGAGGUUCUAGAGAUUUCUUCGUGAUUGAAAUGCCAGUUACACCUUUGGUUGGAAAAAAUAAGGAAGUAGUAAUCAGUUUACAAAAUAGACAUAUCAAGAAUGAUAACAGUUUAAUUUUAGUACCAGAGCAUGGUGUAUUUUCGUAGGAAACACUUAAAUAUGCAGGUGAUACGUUAUUUUGCAAGUAGUGUAAACGCCAGUGCUGAAUACUAGUUGCUAAGUUGUACCUGAGAACCAUCAGACAUAAUCUUGAUAUUUUUGCAAUGGUAUGAGUUAUGUUCCAAAUUGAAAAGUUCCAUAAUUCAAACUUACGGCUACAGAUUUCCAAAAACCUUCAAAUAUUAAAAUCGAGGAAUGAAUUAAAAAUCUUUUGUGAUGUUCUGUCACAUUUCUUUGAGAAGUGUUAACUGUGUGUGUGUGUGUAUAUGUGUGUGUGCACGUGCAUGGGCACGCACCUUUGUAAAGAUGUCACGUUAUUGUUGGAUGACGAGACAUUCCAUCAAAAUAGACCAAAUCUUUACAUAAUUGAUGCAGUUGUAAAGUCAAGAUGGUUUAUGAAACAGCUGUUAUUCCUAGUGUUUCAGACCUCAUUGAACCGAGCUAUGAGAGUUUGAAAGCACAAGUUUAGUAUGUUUUAAGAAUGGUGGUAAUGAUCUUAACUAAUUCUGAUGUAUGAAGGUACAUUGAUCUUUCAAAGUUCAAUGAUCAUAUGUGACAGGUAAAUAAUACCUUGAAUGGUUUAUUGAAUAAGUUUAGAUAAGUUGCUGUUGAGAGAGAGUGAUCCUCUUCCUGUGUUGAAAUGGAAAACCUUAGUAUUUCUGCAAGAUGUUGAAAGAUACAGCUAUGGGGUUCUGACAACUGUUUACUACUCUUAGUCAUGUGGAUUUAUCUUUUGUUCAAUAAUAUGGAAUGUUACUGAGAGUUGCUUGUAUGAAAGAGUCAGAAUAUGAGGUGAAAUAUAGACCUUUUGUAAUACCAGUUAUCUUGACUGAUACCAUACAUAGGAACUCCAUAGCAGAAUUCUUUAUUUUCUUCCAGGCUCCUAACUGAUUGAGGAUGAUUUAGUAUUAAAAGCAACUUUGUAACAUGUUAUUUUGAAGAUUAGUUCUGGUCACUCGCCAUCAUCUUCCAAGAAAGUGCUUUAUUAUGUUUUUAAUUUUUGUUCCAUACCUUUUUAUAAACUUAACAUUACUGCUAAAACAAGAAACACUGAACAUAAUAUGGUGCUUCAUUACUAAAAGCACUAUAUCUGUGAUAUUAAAAACUCAUGUAGAAAAAAAAAUUAAAUAAAUAAUGACAUUGAA